AUGUGUUGUGUGGUGGCUGUUACGAGCGAGCCUAGACAGGCAGUAUGGCGGAGGAGAGAAGUGUGUACGACUUGGAGGGGCUCGAAAAACAACUGGAGAGUUUGUUGAGCCGUUACCCAAGUGACGAAAUACGAGCCGACGGUAAACCGUUCUGCUCCGAAUUUCGCAAGCUGGUGGAGGAGUACGCCUCUCGUUGGCAGGUGCCGCUGCCUCAGCUCAGGAUCCUUGAGAUAGCUCUCCGCUACUUCGCCCGAGCGUCCCCCUUCUUCACGUCAAACUGUGACCAUGUGAUUCACACGCUCAGUAGUCUGGCCUUGAGUGUUUUUGAGUUGCUGCUGUUCUUUGAGCAGAAGGACUUCAAUCAGGAGCCACUGAAUCACUUUUCUGUUACAUUCCAGGAAUGCCACUCGGUGCUUGCGAGGCAUCAGAAUGUUCACUUGCUUCAGGUGGAGCGUCUGGUUCAUGGAGGUGGGCCUUGGGCCGGCGCAGCCUUACACGCAAUGCUCACUGAGUCCAGUUUACCUCAGAGUGAAGCUGACGGGUGCAUCGUCUCUGAGCCGCCUGUGUUCCUUGAGCUGCGGGUGCGCUACCUCUUAUCCUGCGAGCGGGUCGGGGAGGCCGCGGCCCUGGCUAGGUGCUGCGCUCGGCAUCCCGCGGCAGGACAACACUUGUUCUUUCUCCAGGUCUACCUCACGUGGCUUUUCAAGACCUCACAGCACGACCGCCUUCACAAAGAGGUGGCUGAAUUGAAUGGUAAAGAUGCAAUUCAUAUCAUCUGUAGUUUAGAGUGUGAGGAAAAGGAUGAGUUGCUUCUCGCCCUCAGCAGAGCCUUCCUCUCCCAGCAGCUGCGCAGGGGAGACAUGUGCUAUUUGUGUGAUCUUGUCUUCAUAUGGAGUAAACUUCACAGUCGGUUAAAUACUUCCAAGCAAGCUCUUCUUGAGGAGAGUAAUCAGCUGAUCGUGUCUGCCACCAAUGUCAACUCAAUCUUCCCAUUCAUCAGAGCCAUACUGCAAGAGCUUGGGGAAGAUGGAAUCCAGUUCUGCGUUGAGCUUUGUGCUAAUGCCCUGGGGUCUUGCCUUCCCUGCGACGUCAUCACCAAGUCCCUAAUCUACAAAACCAUCGCCGUCCUGCUCCCCAAUGACCUGGAGGUUUCCCGGGCGUGCGCCCUUCUGAUCUUCUUCCUCGAACGCUCCGUUGAGGCCUACAAGUUGUUGUACCUUCUUUACAUGCAUCCUGAUCAGGAGUACCAGGUGGAGUACACCCCCAUCCGGAAUCACGUUCGCUUCGAAACCCUGCAGGUCUUGAAGAAGGACCUGUAUUUUGACCCCGAGUUUUGGAACCUCACUGCUUUGCGGAGCAACUGUUUGAAGCUGAUGAGCGACAAGGUGGUUGGUGGUGCCCUCGAGGAGAUCAUGGAGAACAAAUGGAUCCUGAGCUACUGCGCCAAAGAACCUGCCUCCCGAUCAAGCAAAUCAACAUGCUGCAAAGGAAGUAAGGGGGCAGCAGCUAAAAAACGGCGCCACAAAGAGGACGGACGUCAUGACGUUGACACUGCAUCCAAGGGAUUAAAGGUGGGCCCAGGAAAAGCCCGGCUACAUGUUGGCCACAGCAUACAGAAGAAAGGUAGCCAGAGGUCAUUAUCCUCUGCACCUUUGAGGCGUUCAUUUUGGCAGCUUGACAGACUAAAGGACAAUGUACCUGUCGGGUAUGGAGAACUUCGACGCACUACGAGACUCUCUGAAAAGAACCCACCGAAACGGAGGAUUAGACAACCCAAGUGGCUUCUUGAAGACUCAGGAAAUCCUGGAGAGAACGAAGGCGUUCCAAAGACCAAAAAGCAAAUGAGACAUCAAAAGCACCACGGAUCCAAUGUGGUGAAGAGGUCCGAAACUGUUGAUUUCAAGAACAAUGACAAACACAAACCUCCAGUAAACUCUCAUUUAACGGCAAGAGAAAACAGCAGCAAGCCCCAGAAGGGGUUUUCAUCCUCCCUUCCGCAAGUAGUCCUUGAGCUCUCGCUGCCAGACAACGAGCUGAUGGGAACCUUCAAUGAGGACACUUGCAACAGACAGAGAGGUUUCCCUCAAGUGCUUCUCUACCGACCGACACUAAAGGUUCCUGCCACGUCCGAACCGGCAAAGACUGUGCACCGCAAAGAGGUGAUUCUGAGAGCGCGGGACGCCGCCAUGUUCGCACAGCAGUUGCACUGUUACGCUCGGCGCCAGAAAGGGAAAGGCGUUAAGCCCAAUAUUCAAGGCUCGGUUUCAACCAUCACGCGCUCCUCGGUGCUAGGAAGUCCUCCAAAAGAGCCGGAGAGAGAGCUCUGCGAUAAACCUGCCGCUGACAAUGAAGGGGGAAUAAUUGCGCUUCACACGGCAGAAGCAGGCAGAAUCACACAAUCCCCGGGACUUGAAAAAGCCCUUGAAACUCGAACCACAAAAGCCGUCUCACAGAGGACACUUUCCGAAAGGGAGCUCUCUGAGAAGCUCGCCGCUGAGGUGAGAGUCGCCGACGCGUCGGAGACACCAGCAGCAGCUGAAACGACAGAAGCCCCGAUGUUGGAUAAGGUCCUGCGAGCUCCAACCGUGGCGUCAGCGAGCAAGCUCUGUGACGAGUCUGCCGUCGAGAUGAGAGUCACUAUUGCCUCAACAGCGCCGAAAGUGGCUCCGUCAUCAGAUUUAGAUCAGGUCUCCAGAGCCGUUAAAGCUGCUUCAAAAAGCACAACUUCAGCUGAGGUUUUCCAAUCUUCACCUCUGACCAACAAUCAGAUGGUGGUUCUUGAUAAAAUCCCUUCCAGAUCAAGAACGGAAGCUGCCGAGACCAGGCCUUCACUGUCUCCAGAUGAUCCUGGAGAUGAGAGACGAGAACUCAAGUCUCUAACUGGCAAAAGUCCCGUUGCAAAAGCUGACGGCCCAGAGGUGCUCGCCGCUGUCUGCGGCAGCCAGUCUGCCGUGGACACGACAGAAGUCUUGCCCAAAUUGCCAAAAGGACGCGUGCCUUGUGAAAACGAAAGUGGAGGAACUACGGGAACUACUUCUCCAGAUCGGGACAGUAUGAAUGACCUUUCCGCUCUGACAUUAGUAACAGAAAUGGUAACUGAACUCACCCCUGGGGCACUUGCUCGAGAUGUGGAGAGUCGCAAACAGCCAUCUCCCGGGGACGGCACGUCCAAGCAGCCGACACCUGGAAGUAAAUCCAGCGCUCCUCACACAAGAACUACCUCCACCUGCUCUGUAGUGGGUGAUGCGCAAGGGAAGGGAACCCAGGAUUUUGAUCCAGAAACCAUAGAGGACAGCGACCUCCCAGAAUCUGAGGAAUCCAAGUUGGAAUUCUCCUGCACCUUCUGCAACAAGGUCUUCAAAGGAAGUCGUGUGGUAGAACAUGCUAUGUUCCAUUAUCGCAAGGACGAGUGCAUGUUCUGUGGGACCAUGUUCAAAGAUGAUCUUCUGGCCAUGAUGCAUCUGUCUGACCACAUUGAGAAGCUGAAGAGGAUUAAAGAGGCAGAUGGUAACAAUGUGCCUGAGACCAAAGAUCCUUCUGCCAAAGCCAAGACCACAAACGCGUCUUUCAGGCGCCGUAGUAGCAGGAGAACGAGGAGAUCUGCAGACUGUCCUAAAUCAACGAGCCUCCCACAUUCAACCCCGUCGGGGUCCAGACAGUUGAGAUCAUCAGUCAGUCCAACGUCAGCAAAUGAAAGAAAGGAAACCCCUUCGAGACUCCUUCGUUGUAAAACUCUAAAGGUAAACGGGCAUAUUGGGAAGAAGACCGACCACGAUGGACCACAAAGGCAAAAAACGCCCGUUACACAGCAGGACAUUUCUCGCAAAAGAUUGCAAGGAAACCGACACACAGGCAAGGAUUCCUCGCCGGACAAACAAAGUGAGCGGGCUGUUGAGGGGCAACGUGCGGAGGCUCAAGAGAAGGUUUGCUGUCCCGUGGAGGGUUGCGACUGGUCCACCGACCUGUCGAAACGAUGUGCACUCCUUUACCACGCGCUCGACGAUCACUACGGGGAGGUGGGGCCUUUAAAAGUGGCGUUCCGCAUAGAAAACGGCAAAUGCAGUAAUUGCAAGAGGGUCAUGUGGAGUUUUGAACAUUUCCAGCACCACGUCGAAAGGCACAGACUCUCUCCUCGGCAUCCUUGCCUGCAUCGGGAGUGCACUUCCAGGUUCAAGACCGGAUUCGAAAUGAGACGCCACGCCAGGACGCACAAUCCGCUGCAGGCAGUGUGCUGCGCCCCCGGAUGUUCUCAACUAUUCAUCUGUCUCUGGGCGCUGAACCUUCACGAAAAAGAGCACUAUUCCUCCAAACCCACCAAACCAGACACGGAUGCAAACAAACAAACGGGCCACAAACCGCGCAACGCGCCGUCUGGUAAGAGCCGCUCUGAUCAACGGCCGAAAGCCCCACUUGCCGCCGUUAUCGUUGAUAAUCCGGGGACUGAGAUCGCCCCCUGUAAAUUAAGAGGAGAGCCUACAGAAAAGCAUGCUCCUCUUCCCACCGCUGUGAAAGAGGAGUCGAAGGAGCGAAAUGAGACCAAGGAUUUGCAUGUGUUGAAGAAUCUUUCUAACAAGGACACCUCCUCACCGCCCGCCAGCCCUAAUCUGAGAUUACGGCAAACGUUGAGAAAGGUGACGAGUAAAACCAGAAGUCCCAAAGUCAUUUCAUCGUCGGGUCAGAUCAGAGACGACGCAGAAGAUCCCAAAAGAAGAGGCCGUCCUCCCAAGUCGAAGGAAGCUGUGCAUGAUGAAAAUACUACUGCUGGUCCCACCGAUCAAAGUGUCCCAGGGAACGCUGCGCCGAUUGCCGACCUUCCAGCAGAGAGCCCAAACGCGAGCAACGAGUCGAAAGAGCAGGUCAAAGAGGUGGUCGACCCUACGGAAGCGUCCGUUAACAAAUCAGAGUCUAGAUCAACGAACAAGCUGAUGAACAACAAUCCCGUUAAACAAAAGGAAAAGGAACACGAUCCGCCCGCGGCGAGCUGCACAAAGACGGCAACCCGUUUAGAUCAGUCAGUCAGCACCACCUCCGCUGACAAAAGGCUCCAGUCAACUGCUGAGAAUCUACAUAAAGUGAAGAAACGCUCCGCUCCGAAGGAAAGUAGAACUGCGUCUUCAAAGAAGCACAAGGUUACGAACAGCGAAGCCAACAUAAAGCUGGUCAAGAAGGAACCAGAGGGGGAAGAAGAGGCAGAAAACAAAGACUCGACACAGAGCGGCUGUGGUAACUUUGUGCCUUCGGUCCCACCGAACAGUGUAAGUGAGCGAACUGCACCUCCCAAAACACAGGAGGCGCCGGUGGAGAAACCCAAAAAUUCCAUCAGGAAAGCGGAAGGAAAGAAAGAAAAGAGGACUCACAGCGCUUCUUCAGACUCGGACCAGAUGAAAAAGAAGCACAAGGGCGUGAACGAAGAGGACAACAUAACACUAAAGGGAAGACGGGCCGAUGCCAGCAAAUCGUCCGCUUUGAAAAAGAAAGUCCGGUCUAAAUCUGCGGUGCGGCAGGCAGGGGCGAAGGCAGCAACGGACGCGUCCCCGUCCAGCGGCGCGGCCAGCGGCCUGAGCGACGCCACUUCUCCACCCGCGGAACAGAGCGCGCAGCAGGGGACGAAAAAGGACAAAUCCAAGAAGCCGCACAUCCCCAAAAACCCGGACCGCAAGGAAGCCGGCGAGAAGCGCGGCGACGCGCAGGUCGCUGAGGGGCAAGCGGAGCCCCCCCCCGUGGUGGAGGAGGGGACGACGCCUCCGGCCGCCAUCGGCAGUGACCCCGUCGCCCAGGAGGACCCCAAGUACGCCGCGCUGAGGGAGGCUCUGGCAGGCUACAGCAGCCGGCCGCACGGCAGGCCGCCGCCCACCGCCUACCUGGACGAGAAGUACAUCACCAUGCCCAAGCGGAGGAAGGACCAGCAGCCCGCCCCCUCGUCCCAGCGGAGCCCGCCCCCCCGGCAGAGCGCCGCGGCGGGGAGGCAGCGGUGCACCAACUGCUUUGCGAGGUUCGACGGCGCCGAGGAUUUGCAGCGGCACGUCACGCUGCAGAAGUGCUCCAGCCUCUUCGGCUUCGAGUCCGACGACGAGGUUGCAGGUAACAGUUAAACGCGUUUGGUGGGGAUUGAGGGGAAUUGGCGUUUUGGACGCGGCACAAGCCGACCGCCAUCGACGGAUCGGCGCUCUCUGGACGACGCGUUCACCUCUGCAGACCUGAGACCUGAAGAGGAGCCACUGGAUCCCAGUCUGAGCAGCCGGCACUGAAACGCCGUGCUGCUGUUUGCAGCCGCUUCACCCGGUAUGGAGAUUAGGAAUCGUGGCUUAAAACUCUUUGCUCUUGAAAGCUGUGAAGUAAUGUUAAAAAAGAAAAAUGACGAAGCCACUCCCGCUGUCACUAGGAUACAUGUUUUCCACAUCAGUAAGCCAUAAAAUGCCAUUGUUUGCUUUUUGCACUCUUCUAAGAUUUCUCCCUUUCUUUCUGCUCAAACUCAGUGAUGGAGGUUGUACCGCGAUUUGAGUACCUAAAAGUCGUGCUGUUUCAACAUCUCAUGUGGCAUAGAAUUCUCUUAACUUUGAAAAGUUGCUGUAUUGGAAUCUUCUUUGGGGAAAUGUUAUGUAAAAUUCUUGUUUAAAUACUAAUUGUAUUCCUUAUAUCCCUAUGGGCUUUAUUAGGUCUGUGCGUGUCCUCGCCCCAAACUAACCAGUAGGGGGCACUGUGCACUAAUCUCUCUGUUAACAUUACAUUCUUUACAAAGCUGCUUCACUGUGUUUAUCACUGGAGGGACUUCUCUCCCAGUUGCAUCCACCAGGCUGUGUUUCUUUUAGCAAUAACUACAUUUUUUGCCAGAUUCUGACGAGAUCAUUUUUCAGUUUAUGAUUGUCUGACAUUCUGGCUCGUGUCAUAUUUUCUUACUUUAACAUCAAUUUCACGACUCAAAUGUGUAAGACCUUUAGGAACAUUGUCAUUUUUCUUUGAAAGAGAAAGUAAUAAAACACCUUAGUUUUAAAGUGUUACCGUGAGGUCGCAGGUGAUUAUUUAUUUAACUUUUAUUUUUUAUCUUUUGUAAAUAUUUGAAGAGUUUCAAACGCGUAUUAUAUAAGAUGGGUGUGGGGGUUUAUACUUUGUUCUUGAAGUAAAAAAUAAAACUUAUUUCAAAUGACAUCGUA